AUGAAUGAGGAAGAUAUCGUUUUAUCAAAUUUACGCGAUUCGGUGAGUCGAAUCGUCGACAAUCUGAAAUUCAACUACAUCGACGAGGCGGCACACGCCAAAUUAGUCGGAUUAAUGGCCGAUAAGCUGUUCUUGAUGAGUCACACGUGUCGAGCGCUUCUGGAAAAUACUGGAAGAAUCGGAUCGGCACUAAACGCGAGUGUCGACAUCAAACAUCUCUUCCGAAUCCAUCGUGUCGAUUUACGACAGCUCGUCGAUUAUACGCAACAAGUUCGACCAUUUCCGCCGAAUAAAUGCGACAAUCAUGGAGAAUAUGUGGCUGAAAAAGAGGUCGACAAGACAGCUGAAAACGAGAAAAAUACGGUGGAAAUUGAGGAAAUAGCGGUGAAACCACCACAGCCGACACCGCGGGUUUUUAGUUUCCCCGUAUUCGAUGACAUGUCCGACUGGGAACUCGGUUUCGGCCACCACUCUGACACCGACUCGGCCAUGUCGGAGCCACCGACGCCCCGCCCACUUUCUUCGUCCGCCCGUCUCCUCGAACCACCGCCACCACCGCCACCGAUCCCCCCGCUCUUCUUCUAUUCUCCAGAAUUUCCAGAUUUCGAAUCGAAAUAUCGCCCAGAACCGAUCGAAAAGCAGCUGAAAAUAUUCAAAGCCGAUCCGCCGCUGUAUUCGCCGGCGAAAGUGGCAAAAGACACGUGGAAAUAUGAAAAAUACGAAAAAUACGAGAGAAAUCGAGCGAAAACGAGUCAAAAACUGGAAAAAACGCCGUCAAACUCGUCGUUGGCACCGAAAAUGACGAAAAAGCGUCUGAUGCAAACGAACUACGAGCGGCGGCUCCGAAAUGAGCAAAUGGCUGAGGAGGAGAGGAAACGGGAGAAAAAACGAGAGAAAACUGAACGGAAAUCGAUGAAAAUUGAGAAAAAAGAGGCGAUACAACAGAAGCAGAAGUUUAAGGAGAGAGUGAUUAGGAAUAAGAGGGAACAUGUUGCACCCAAUCGAGUUCCCAACAUCGAUGAGAACGACAACAAACUGAAGUCCUCGGAAAUCACACCGCCGCCGACGAAAAAAAUGAAGACGGAAGAGGCUCCGCCCACUCAGCCGCCACUCAUCAAAAUGUUGAUUAGUUUCAAGAGAGAGCGUCAGGGAUUCCGUAUCAAAAAAGUGGAAACGACAAUAUACAACGAAGUGGUGAACGGAGAGUGGAAACCGCUGCUCCAGACGUGGAAAAGCUCGAUUGGAAUCUAUUCGGAGCCGAAAUACCCAAUCCGACCGCCAAAACGAGCCAUCAGUGAAGACGACGGAAAACCGAAAAUACCGAAACUGAAAUUGAUAAAAAAUGCGGAUAAUAAUUACUCGAAAGUCUCUUGA